AUGGCAACUGAUAACGGCCUGGGCCUGGGUCAAGACGGGAAGACAAAGUCAUACGAUUUCAUUACAAAUUUUGAAAGACCGGUGACUGAAUACCAGGAAGAAAGAAUGCACUCACAGCCUGAGAACCCAUUUGCUGCGUUAAUCCCGGAGCAGAAGAUAGCAAUUAUCCCAGAGUUCAAGCUCGAGUCUGGAGGGAUUCUCUACAAUGUGCCCGUAGCAUACACCACCAGGGGCAAGUUGUCUCCAGAGGGAGACAACGCCAUGGUGAUAUGCCAUGCCCUGACCGGCAGCGCAGAUGUUGGCGAUUGGUGGGGCCCACUGCUUGGCAGAAAUGGGAAAGCCUUCGAUGAGACCAAGUUUUUUAUCAUUUGUAUGAACAGCUUGGGCAGUCCUUAUGGAUCUGCCAGCCCAGUCACGGCAAGGGAUGGAGAUGCAACAAAGGGGCGAUAUGGACCUGAGUUUCCACUCACAACCAUUCGAGAUGAUGUGAACCUACACAAGCUUCUCCUUGAUGACUUGGGAGUAAAGCAAAUCGCGGCCGUUAUCGGCGGCUCGCUGGGAGGCAUGUUUGUUCUUGAGUGGGCUUACUUUGGGAAAGACUACAUCCGUUGCAUCGUUCCCAUCGCCACAUCUAGCCGGCACAGCGCCUGGGGCAUCAGCUGGGGUGAGGCUCAGCGGCAGAGCAUAUAUGCCGACCCCAAGUAUGACGAUGGCUACUAUUCACUUGAUGACCCUCCUUCCACCGGUCUCGGCGCGGCACGCAUGUCUGCUCUGCUUACAUACCGAAGCCGCAACUCGUUCGAGUCUCGAUUCGGCCGUAACAUCCCGGACCCGGCCAAGGUUCAGACCAUAAGCGGUCGGCCACGACCAAGCACACCGUCCGAGGCGCAUUUCCACAUUCAUAAUGACGGACACAACGUCAAACGGACCUCGCUUUCUAGGAAGGGCAGCGAGUCGGGAACAGACACCAGCCCGAACCCGGAGGGCACGCUUGAUCCACAGUUCCAUGGUCCCCAGAAGACCGCCGAGGGUAGUCUUACCGGAGGUGAUUCGUUCCCGACAUCGACCUACUUUUCCGCGCAAUCCUAUUUGCGGUAUCAGGGCACUAAGUUUGUUAAGCGAUUUGACCCCAACUGCUACAUAGCCAUGACGCGCAAGCUAGACACGCACGACGUGUCACGCAACCGAGCGGCCACCAUCGCUGAGGCCCUGGAGAUGAUCGAGCAGCCCACGCUCGUGCUCGGAAUCGAGAGCGACGGCCUGUUCACGUUCGCGGAGCAGGAGGAAAUUGCCCAGCAUGUCAAGAAUUCCCGGCUGGAGCGCAUCGACAGCCCCGAGGGGCACGACGCCUUCCUGCUGCAGUUUGAGCAGGUCAACCGGUACGUGCUUGGAUUCCUCCGGGAGGUCCUCCCGGACAUUAUGACUAGGGAGGGCGUUGUUCCCGAGGAGGCAUCUGUCGGCACUCUUGCAAAGUCAAGCACUUUUGGUGAGGCUGAGGUGGACGAUAUUACGGCUUGGUAA